AUGCCGGACAGGAUUCUCGACGACAUCUCUCAUCGCAGAUACAACCCUCUCCGCGGAAGCUGGAUUCUCGUGUCUCCACAUCGAACCAAGAGACCAUGGCAAGGGCAAGAGGAAAGUCCCGGGGUCAUUGAUCUCCCUGCAUAUGACCCGAGCUGCUAUUUGUGUCCAGGCAACAAAAGAGCGUCUGGAGACACCAAUCCCAGUUACGAGGAUACCUUCGUCUUUGUGAACGAUUUCAGUGCUGUGAAGGAGUCGCAAGCCGAUUAUACCUCUCCAGAUCCGCCAGGAAGUCUACCCGGGCUCCUGUUGCGGGCAGAGCCAGUCAAGGGGAAAUGCUAUGUCUUGACCUUCAGCGCUGCUCACAACAUCACAUUAGCCGACAUGUCGCCCACGGAAAUCCAUCAUAUUGUCAAGACCUGGACAGAUAUCUACACAGCGCACAUCUCUCCCAAAUCACCUCUGGCGGCUCUGGCUAGACCAACCCACCUCCCUCCAACCAACCAUCAUGCAGACGUUGGCACUCCGAAGGAUCAGUACCGAUGGAUGCAGAUUUUCGAGAACAAAGGUGCUGCGAUGGGUUGCUCGAAUCCACAUCCUCAUGGACAGAUCUGGACCACCACUUCCCUGCCGGAAGAGCCUGCCCUUGAACUGCAGCAACUGAGAAAGUAUCACCGCGAGCAAGGUGGUGGGCAUAUGUUGGUCGAUUACGCUCGCUUAGAGCGGGAAAAGAAUGAGAGAGUUGUCUUCCAGAACGAGACUUUCCUGGUCGUCUGUCCAUGGUGGGCGGUCUGGCCAUUCGAAACCAUGAUCCUGCCCGCCAAACAUGUUCGCUCUCUGAUUGACCUGACAGAAACAGAGCAAAUGCAUCUGGCGGAAGCAAUCGCGGAAGUCACUCGUAGGUAUGACAAUCUGUUCGAGACCAGCUUCCCAUACAGCAUGGGUAUCCAUCAGGCACCACUCGACGGUACUGAGGAGGAAAUUGAAUGCUCCAGUCUUCACAUUCACUUCUACCCUCCGCUCCUGAGAAGUGCGACCGUCAGGAAAUUCUUGGUCGGCUAUGAAAUGAUGGCCGAGCCACAAAGAGACAUCACACCCGAACAGGCAACGCUCAGGUUGCAGAAAUGUGGCGGAGAGCUAUACAGAAAAAGGCUCCAGGACGGAGCGCGUGUACAGAAUCCGCCUGCGCCCGAGAAAAGUGUCCCGUGA